GCCUAGCUUAAAACUACGGCUGGCUCGAGCUCAGCUUCGCAGUUUAUUUGAAAAGUUUCUGGGAGUACGGGCAUCGUCAGAAUCUGAAUCCUUUUUCGACCUUUUCUUUGUUUUUAGCUGAUAUUGUUUAUAAUGUCCAAGGUGAAUCAGAACAUGGAUGCGCAGGGGCAAAAGGAAUGCGACUUUGAAGCAUCCUCGACGUCGCCACCUCCUGUACAACACCUGCACGGGCUGCGAUUAUGGAUUGUGGGGUUUGGGCUGCUUUUGGCUCUUUUCCUGCCGUCCCUGGAAGUUAGCAUCGUGAGCACGUCGCUGGUCACAAUUAGCGACGACCUCCAUGGCUUCGACCAGAGCAGCUGGGUGAUUACUAGCUAUCUAUUAACUUACUGCGGCUUUCUUAUGAUAUGGUCGAAAUGCGGAGACAUCUUCAGCGUCAAGUCAUCUCUGCUGUGCUCCCUGUUCUUCUUCAUCGCCUUCAGUGGAGGAUGUGGAGGAGCACAGACUCUAAACCAGCUGAUUGUCUUCCGCGCAUUGCAGGGAAUCGGCGCUGCAGGCGUCUACACCUUGACGCUGUUUUCGCUGCUGCGCCUGGUUCCUCAAAGCAAAUAUGAUCUUAUCGCGUCUGUUGCUGCUGCGAUAAUGUCCUUGGGACUCGCAAUCGGACCCCUUCUUGGAGGCGCGAUCAAUAUAUCCGAUCAAUGGCGCUGGGUCUUCCUGCUCAAUCUGCCAGCAGGCGCAUUCGCCUGGCUCAUUCUCUGUAUUUACAUGCCAAGUAGUUAUCCCGACAUCCGUCCCUCGCAGUCAGAAGCGAAACUUCUGCGCUCCAAGGUCAACACCUUCCUGGAGAACCAGAAGAUCUUCUUUCGCCGGGUGGACUUCCUCGGCGCGUUUCUCGUCCUCGCAGCCUCGAUGUUCCUCAUCGCUGCAUUGCAGGAAGGUAAUCUCGAGUACGAAUGGUCCUCUGCACUUAUUGUCAGCUUCAUCGUCGUCUCCGGCGUCCUAUGGCUGGCUUUCCUCGCCUGGGAAUGGCUCGUCAGUCGCCACGACUGGAAAAUCCAACCAAUGCUCCCCUGGCGUCUAGCCCAGAACCGCGUUUUUAUUGGCGUUGCUCUUGGCUUCCUUCUCACGGGCGUCCCCGUAACAACAGCCAUAAUCGAGCUCCCACAGCGCAACCAAACCGUCAACGAGUCCUCGCCCAUCGGCGCAGGCGUAAAGCUCCUCGCAUACGCCCUCAGCCAUCCAAUUGGGACGAUUCUCUGCUCCAGCCUCGCCGGCCGGCUCAAAGUCCCCUUCGUGCACAUCUGCAUCGUCGGGCUCAUCCUGCAAACCGUCGGGUUCUUCCUCCUCUCCACAACACCCACAACAAUCGCUUUCUGGAAUGGGCAAAUGGGGUAUACGGUCCUUGCGGGUCUGGGGGCCGGUAUGUCUGUUGCGGCGGUGUAUAUCAUGGUUCCGCUCGUGGUGGACGGGGAGGAUCAGAGUAUUGGGCUGGGAACAGGCUUGCAGCUGCGUAUGCUUGGGGGCGCGCUGGGUGUGGCGAUUGCGACGUCGAUUCUGAAUGCGCAUUUGAAGAGUCGGCUGGGUGGUGUGUUGGAUGGGGAGCAGUUGGAUGUGGUGCUUGAUAGUGCGCAGGCGGUUGGGUUGUUGCCGGGGGAUGUCCAGGUGCAGGUGAGGAGGGUCUUUGGCGAGGCGUAUAACAUGCAGAUGAAGGCGGUUGGGGGGUUCUCUGCGGCGCAGGUCUUGCCUGCUGUGCUGAUGUGGAAGAGGAAGCAGGUGAGGCUUUUGAAGGAUGGGAAGUAGAGUAGUCUAGUAUUUUAUUCCUGCCAGUGGGUUUAAUAUGUUUAAUAUUGUCAGGAUGGCUAUCUUCUAUUAUUGCAUCGUAUUCAAACCUAAUUCGACUUAGGGCUAAUUUCACCCGCUCUCAAAUAUAAUCCCAUUCACAAUAAUCAAUACAAAUCCUUCAACUCAGUCUCUCCUCUCAGCGAGUUUAAUGGACUGCGCAGAUCCACCCAGCCCAAGAACGGCGCACUGAGGCCAUAGCCCAUCGUCUUCAACAUCCCAUCAUCAUAAACCCCUUUAACAUCCUCCCACCGACUCGCCAAAUACUGAUUCUCCUCCUGCCUCAGAAAACCCUUCGUCAUAAAGAAGCUAUAAAGCAGCCUCUCCUGAUCUUUCGUCCAAUUCGCUGACCCCCCAUGAUAACAGCUCGAGAAGAAAACAAACAUAUCCCCAGGCUCCAACUCCGCAUGCACAGCUAAACCCUCAACCGGCG